UCUAAGCUGCGCAGGCUCCGAGGAAGCUGGCUUUACUUCCGGGCGGCUGCCGGAGGCGGCUCCGCUUGUCGCCAUAGCGACCGUUUUACGUUAAGUGGUUUGUAGCUUUCAGCCAGGUGACUGCGGAGACUGCGGGGGCACUUCGUUCCCCUGUUUCCUCUCGGUUCUCUGCGGCCGAAAGGCCUUCUAGGAUCCGGGGAUCUGGCCUAGGCUUCCGCGGCGCCCCACGGGGGCGGAAUGGCCGCGGAAGAAGAGGACGAGGUGGAAUGGGUGGUGGAGAGCAUCGCGGGGUUCCUGCGGGGCCCGGACUGGUCCAUCCCCAUCUUGGACUUCGUGGAGCAGAAAUGUGAAGUUUUUGAUGAUGAAGAAGAAAGCAAAUUGACUUACACAGAGAUUCAUCAGGAAUACAAAGAACUAGUUGAAAAGCUGUUAGAAACUUACCUUAAAGAAAUUGGAAUUAAUGAAGAUCAAUUUCAAGAAGCAUGUACUUCUCCUCUUGCAAAGACCCGUACAUCACAGGCCAUUUUGCAACCUGUAUUGGCAGCAGAAGAUUUUACUAUCUUUAAAGCAAUGAUGGUCCAGAAAAAUACUGAAAUGCAGCUGCAAGCCAUUCGAAUAAUUCAAGAGAGAAAUGGUGUACUACCUGACUGCUUAACAGAUGGUUCUGAUGUGGUCAGUGACCUUGAACAGGAAGAGAUGAAAAUCCUGAAAGAAGUUCUUAGAAAAUCAAAAGAGGAGUAUGACCAGGAGGAAGAAAGGAAGAGAAAAAAGCAGUUAUCAGAGGCUAAAACAGAAGAGCCUUCGAUGCAGGCCAAUGAAACGACAAAAAUGAAUAAUUCCCAAGGGGAUGGUGAACAUUUUGCACACCCAACCUCAGAAGUUAAAGUGCAUUUUGCUAAUCAAUCAGUCCAGCCUUCGACAAGAAAGCUGGAAAUGUUGCCUGAAACUUCCUCCCUCCCACACAAAGGCCUGAAGAUUCCUGGCUUCGAACAUGCAAGCAUGGAGGGACCAAUAGCAAAUUUAUCAACACUUGGAACAGAAGAGCUCCGCCAGCGAGAACACUAUCUAAAACAGAAGAGAGAUAAGUUGAUGGCCAUGAGGAAGGACAUGAAGACUAAGCAGAAUCAAACUUCGGAGCAGAAGGGAAAACCUGCUAGGGAGGUGGAGGAAAUGACAGAGAAACCAGAAAUGACAGCAGAGGAGAAGCAAACAUUACUAAAGAGGAGAUUGCUUGCAGAGAAACUUAAAGAAGAAGUUAUUAAUAAGUAAAUUUAAGAACAAUUUAGCAAGCAGUUCAAAAUUUCUUAAAAAUAAAUUAUUUAAUCCUUAAACUGA